AUGAAGUUUCCUGGAGUCUGCAGAGGAGAAAAGGGCUUAGGAGCACACCCUGCCAGCCCCAACACCAGUAAGACCACUGACAGGGUUCCUGUGGACCCACAUAGGAACAAAGGGCCACAGCUGACUGAAGAAAGGAGCCACCCAGAGGCCAGGCAGCUGCAGAGGUGGCAGUGGAGGUGGGGCUGGGGUGGGGUUCUGGAAGUCAAUACCACGUUGAGUCUUCACAAGAGCUGGAUUGCAGAUUUCCAGGCUGUCCUGAAGGAUCCCUCAAUUGCAUUGGAAAAGCUUCAGGAACUCAGUUUUAGUGGCAUACCCGGUGAGGGCAGACUGUGGUGCCUCUGCUGGAAGAUUCUCUUGAACUACCUCCCAUUGGAGAGAGCCUCAUGCACAUCCAUCCUGGCCAAGCAGAGGGAGCUGUAUUUUCAGUUCCCAAGGGAAAUGAUUAUCCAGCCUGGUAUUUCCAAGGCCAACGUGGGUGUAUCCAGGGAGGAUGUGACCUUUGAGGACCAUCUACUCAACCUCAACCCCAACAGCUGGUGGAACACAUACUUCAAGGACAACAAGGUGAUGGUGCAGAUUGACAAAGAUGUCCGGAGUUUGUGCCCAGACAUAUCCUUCUUCCAGAGGGCCACCGAGUACCCCUGACGCCUCAUUCUGGACCCCCAGAAUGAAUUUGAGCCCCUUUGUAAGUGGGUGGAACAGACAUUGCUAAAAUCCCAGACAGUGGCCCACAGCCAGAGCAGGGUCACAAACAUGAGCUCCCCAAAGAAGCACUCUCGGCUGUGGUCCCUGAAUGAGCAGGAGGUGCUGCUAAACGGCUGUGAGGCCCGCUGGGAGGUGGAGUGGAUCCUGUUCAUCUAUGCCAAGCUCAGCCCUGGCAUCGCUUAUGUGCAAGGCAUGAAUGAGACCGUGGGGCCCCUCUACUGUACCUUUGCCACCAACCCUGCCAGCAAGUGGAAAGAGGACACUGAGGCAGACACCUUUUUCCACUUCACCAAACACGGCUGAGAGGACAACUUUAUCAAGAGCCUGGAUGACUCACAACGUGGCAUCACCUACAAGAUGGGGAAGGUGUGCUCCACCUCGAAAGAGGAGGAUGUGGAACUGUACCUGGGGCAGCGGGAAGCUGGCAAGGGUCCCUCCCUGUCUCUGCUUUGCUGCUCCCUUUCUCGUUUCCUGCUUCUGGCUUUCUGGCACUAG